UCGUUUUACAAGAGCUUUAACGUCUACUCCAUGAAAAAUAACACGGGGUAGUUUUGCAGCUGAACGAACUGAUUGUCGUGGGGUUAACAAGUGGCAGGGGCACUGGCGUGAAUCCGUGAACUCAAUAAUGGAACUACUGAGACGAUAAGCAUGACAUUCUUGUCGCGCUUAUUCCUUGUUACGGGUUGACAUUCCUGUCAAGCCGUGAACACGUCGAUGAACCCAUCUGAUGGUGCGACUACUAAGGUGUUACUUACUUCAGGUAUAAGGGGUCUGGGUAGUUUCUAUGCAAUUCCGGACGCCGUUAUGUUUACGUGGAAAUUUUCGAGCACAUGACAAGUGGAUCUAUGCUGGCACUGUGUAACUGUGUGUCUAUUACUCGUUUUCUUCUCUAAAUUUGGUAUCUUUACCCGUGUCAACUGUCAUAUGCUGUUUGAGCUCAUGUCAACUUCAGAGACGACGACUUUCCAACAUUGGCUGAUACCAAAGUAACAAGCUACAGACCCUGUUGAUCCUGGAAUCAGGUUGUUGUCAAAGGGUUAUCCAGGUGGAAUUGGAGUCGCCUUGACUUUCAGGCCAGGGUGUUCAUUACAACAAAAAAAUGGGCUAUAACUCGUCCAUGCCAACUUGCGACUGCAGGAGUCUCACCAAGCUUCUGUGCAAUGAGGUCUCGAUGAUUUUGACAACUAUCGUAGUACAGCUAUUAUGGCUGGUACUACGACCUAGCAGAUCGGACUGUGCGCAUGUGGGCUUCAGGAUUCCUGAUAAUACUACCUUCGUCUUCUAAUCGAAUCUUCGAUCGGAGUGUCAUUAGCUGAAAAUCAAUGACGAUAUUCAAGAAAGUGAGUUGAGGGGAGCAGAUCAUAUAUGAAACGAGAGCGCUAAAGCUUAGAAGCGUUGAUCAUCUUCAUCUGCUUGACCGUCGACAUUGAUCUUCAAAUGAGCAAGUUCUUUUAGACACCGUUCGCGCAGUUUCGAAACAUUCCCGCUCUGACAGAAGUUAGAUAGUCUAGUAGAGGAUCUCGUUGCCGGUUGACCUGCAUGUGGCUACCCAAAUCGGCUGUACUAUAACAUUGGCAAAUAUAUAAAAUCUCAGUUGCAGU